AUGCCUACCUCGAAGAACCUUUCACAGAGCCAGGAUCCGAAGUCCACCAGAUCACAGGGAUCACAGACCCAGGACGCGAGCCAGAAGUCUCAAGAAAGCAGCUGGUCGCCCAACCAGCUACUGGCUACCCACAUGGACGCGGCCGGCCACCCUGUGCCCGACCCCGUUAUCGAUAGCGGCAAGGGUAAGCAGUCGAAGGAGUUCGACGACGACGCCGACGUCUUCGAUGCCAUGACGGCGGACUUUGACUAA